AUGCCAAGCCUUCGUCGCAAAGGGCGGAAGACUGCUGACAUUGCGAGGCUUUCGACAACCUUGGACGACUUCGUUCGUGCGCAGAAGUUGUCGAGCAAUGCAGAGCAGGCGCUUCGCAGCAAGUCUGAGGAGCUGAUUCAAAGGGUCUUGUCCGGGGGCCCGCUGGCAGGUCCGAACCCCAACUUGGCACUGGCUCAGCGGAUCUGGUCACUGCAAGCUGCCGAUUCAGAGCCGCCACAAGCCCGGCAGGUGCAAUCAGAAAGCCAGAUCAAAGCCGUGACGACCGCGACGAGUGGAUGGGCCAGAUGGCUCGCGGCAAAGAGCAAACGCUGCCGUGUGAGCGAUGCAUGCGAUCCCUGCAGUCGGCCACAUCAAAUUGAGUCUUCAACCACAUGCCCUGCUAAUUGUCAUCAGAAUCCUGAGCACCUCGGCACGCAGGCACCAAGUUAUAUUCCUGAAGCUCUGGAGCACGACGCUGAGCAGGGCUCCGCGGAUGCUCAGUUUGAGCUUGGGGCCUCCUGUGCUGCGGGGAUGCUCGGAGUGAGGGACGAGGAGAGGGCUGUGCACUGGUACACUUUGGCAGCCGAACAGGGCUUGGCAAAAGCACAGUUCAGCUUAGGCCUUUGCUACAAGCAAGGCAGAGGGGUGGCACAAGAUCCAGGGAUGGCUCUGAAGUGGUUUACAAGGGCUGGCAAUCAAGCCCAUGCCGAAGCACAAUUCCAAGUAGCUCUUUGCCAUCUUCAUGGAGAGGGGAUGAAGAAAGUCGACGCUGCCAAAGCCGCGCGUUGGUUGAAGAAGGCCGCCAGCCGGGGUCACAGCAGAGCGCAGUUUGAGCUCGGGCUGUGCCACAGCAAAGGGCUCGGCGUGCCCCGCGAGGAUUUCUUUGCAUUUGUACAGUUCCGAGCAGCUGCACUUCAGGACCUCGAGGUUGCCGAGUAUCAGCUGGCAGGCUGCUACCACCGUGGCAUUGGGGUUGAGAAGGACAUGGCUUUGGCCAUAGACUGGUACACCAGAGCAGCUGAGCAGGGCCACAGUGGAGCUCAGUACGACAUGGCCGUUUGCUAUCUCACUGGUGACGGCGUAGUGGCCGAUGUAGAGCUCGGCAUGAUGUGGAUGCAGCGAGCUGCAGAGCGGGGAUAUGCGCAAGCUGCAGCUUUCCUGGAGGACUAG